CGGCGGGACCGCCGUGACCCCCGGGAGCCGCUGCAGGGUGGUCCGGAACUGGCCGCUCCCCGCUUCUUCGGCCCCGGGAGUCGCAGACAAGGGUGAAGCUUCUGCCCCAGCCCCGCCCCUGCCGUCUGCCGCUCACACCUCGCCCUCCGGCAGCCCCGGUCCCGGUCCCUCUCCCUCUCCCUCUCCCGGUCCCUCUCCCGCCGGUCGCUGCUGCCUCCACGAUCGACAGCUCGACGAUCACCGCCGCGCCUGACGCCGGCUCAAGGCCGGAUGGACACGCCUCGCGCGCGCCGAGGCGGGGUGGGGACUCCAUUGCCGAGGUCACGGGCUGACCCGCUACGGACCGAACCGGGACCCGGGACCCCACCGCCCAGCCCAGCCCAGCCCUGCCCGGGAGCCGGACCAGGCCAGGCCAGAAUUUCAGCACUGUGUGUCUGACUGAACCUGGCCAGUCUCAGUUAUGGGAAGACUCCCAAGUGCUUCAUUACUUACCCUGUGGAUCCUUUUCUUUUCAUUAACAACAACUGAAGAUGUGGCUGCAGGACAUACAGAAGAAUUUGCUUGCUUCACUGACUAUGACAAGGAGCUCGUUUGCCACUGGAAGGUGCCUGCACAAACAAAUUGCACCAAAGAAUUCCUGCUCUACUACAGAAAGAAAACUUCCUUCUCUCUAAAUGAUGAAUGUGUCCCUGAGAAUGGAAAGGACACUUCCAAGUGCACUUGUACAAUAUCUCCAGAUUAUUUUGUAUCAGGCCUCACAUAUAUUCUAGCUCUGCAGGUCAAUGGGACAGAUCUGUGGAAUUACAGCAUUACGCCAGCGCUGGUUGUUAAGCCAAGGGCCCCCAGGAAUCUUGCCAUCAAGAAAACUGCAAAUGGUAAUUUCAAUCUGAUCUGGGAGGAGAGUUACUCUCCUCUGUCCAUGCUCUCUGGACAGCCAGUCAUCUAUGAAGUGAAAUACUGGAGGAAACAGCACCCAGCAGAGGUUUCUGUAAAAGCAAUCAACUACCAGGCAAAAAGCUUUGAAAUUACUGCAAGCUCCCUGAGGAGAGGGUAUGAUUACGUUGCAAGUGUAAGGUGUAACUAUACAGACUACCCAGCCUACUGGAGUGAAUGGAGUGAGGAAGUUGAAUUUCACAGUGAUUACCAAGUAACAGCUGAGGACAUUCUGCAGAUGGCUGUUCCUGUAUCCUGCAUACUGAUCAUGGCAGUAUCUGUAAUUUGUUACUUCUGUUUUACCAAAGUGAAGAAAGAAUGGUGGGAUCAAAUCCCAGACCCAGCAAAGAGCCAUUUGGUUGUUAAAAAUGUCAAGUUUUCAGUUUUGUGCUACGUCAAUGAAAUUAAGUUCCCUUUCCAUGACUUAAAGCACAGCUGUAUGGAAAACCAAAUAAGUUGCACAAAGUGUCUGGCUCAAAGUUUGUCAAGCCAAAGCUUCAAGGGAAAAGAUAACAUCAAAAAUGUUGAGAAAUCUUGCAGCUGCCACAGCAAGCCUGGAGAGUGGUUUCCAAAAGGCACCAGUGCAGAUUUAAUCCCUGAGACAGUUCUGGUUGAAAAGUCUAUAGAAAUCUGUGAAUGUUUAACAGACGUUAAGGCUGACACCCAAGAAGAGACUACUAGUGACCAUAUUACUAUGUUUGAGCCUUUUGAGUGUAAUGCUUUCAAAGACCAUACUGAACACAACGAUGCACUAGCUAGCAUGUUUAUUGAGCUCCUGGCAGAUGAAGACAAUGUGCAAGACAGUGGAGACCCAGACAUCCUCAUAGAUGUGAACAGAAACUUUGGGAAACUUGAGUCAGUAAAUCCAUCACUGCGAAGUCCAAGAGAAGGUGUAGCCCAGAGUCAAUGGCCAUGUGAUACAUCUCAUACAGUCUCACUUUUCACAAAAGCCUCUCAAAAUGAGUACAACUGUAGUACAGCCAGCAAGAAGUCAGGACAAUCAGAAGAAUCCUUUGAAUCUGGCUACCAUAGCUCUAGUAUAAAUUCUGCUUCUCUGGAUGCAAGAGAUCUUCAACACACAGUUCAUCAAAGCCUUUUCCUGUGCAGUUCUGACAGUCAGCAUGACGCAUGUGUUCUGAUCCAGGAAUCUCCAAAUAAACCAUCUUUUGGGACCAGUAAAGACAGAAUAAGCAACCCUACACAAAGGAGUUUUGAUAUCCUUAUGUCACCACCUAUGGAGCCCUGUAGUUCUGCCUGCAAGAGCUGUGACAUCCUUGUAUCUCCAUCCAUGGAGCCCUCUGGUUCUGCCUACAAGAGCUUUGAUACUCUUGUGUCUGCAUUCAAGGAACCAAGUAGCUCUGCAUAUAAGAGCUUUGAUGCCUCUAUAUCUCAGUCUAUGGCUAAGAGUAAUCUGCCCCUGUGUUAUAAAAAUAUGUGCUCUGCACCACCUUUGACAGAGUUUUCAGAGACACCAGAACUUAGCUGCAGAGAGAAAAUUUAUCAGCUCCCUAGCAAUCAGUCAUGUUACACAAAGUACAGAUCUCCCUGCAAUGAGCUUGAUUUUCAAAACUCGCACUCAGAACAUACUGAUCUUCCACCUUUCUCCACACGUGCAAAUGACAGUGCUUUAGCUUUCCUACCAGAGGAAGAAAUACAUAAGCAAAUAACAUAUCAAAAUGUUCAAAAGAGAGACAGCAUAAUUUCUUUCCCUAUUGGACUUCAACCAUUUGGUUAUCAACCUUUUAAUAAUUCAGUUAAAUGUAAUGGUACAUACUGUGACAAUGACAGUGAGUUUGUCUGUAAGUCUCUAUAUGAACCUUUUAUUCAUCUUUUGUACAACAACCCAAGAGAAACACCUCCAGAGACAAUAGUCUGUGACCCUGACCAGAGGACAGAUGACAACGUCGGUUUGAUUGUACAGGGUUUGGACUGGAGCAUUGUCCCAGGUUUAACCUCUAGUGAGAAUGUCACACAGACCAGUGAUGGCAGUCUUUGCAUCCUCAACUCUAAAGAGCUGUCUUGUGAUAGCAAACAUGAAAAUACCAGCAGAGAUGAACAGCUGCUGCACUUGUCAGAACUGAACUGUCAAGGUUUUAACGUCAGAGAAAGAACUGCAAUGGGGAUGAAGCCUAACAGAUUUAAUUAUGAUGGUGAAGGAAUGCAAGGGAGCAGCAGUAACAGACCAAAUACUGACUUUCAGUGCCACAUGCACAACUAGUUGAGGAAACUUGGAAAUGCAGGGGAAAAUGAAGAGGUGAUGAGGCAUGCAGUGGGUAGGAGUUGUGGCUCAGGAGAAUCACAGGAUGGCAUUGGGCUGAACUUGGGAAAGAAAACAGCACAGCCUCUGGAGCUCCUGGUCAAGUUGUCACCUCUGCUUUUUGUGGAUAACACCUGUUCUGAUUCUGACACCGACACCAUUCACAGUGAGUGUUCCAGACUGGCACCUGCAGUUAAAACACUAAGAACUGUUGAGGGAAAACCACAGAAGGAAUGAGAAAAAAGUGACAAUUGUACGAGCCCGAGGACAACUGCUACAUAGAGGUAGCCUGGCCAUGCUUGCCAAGACUGAGCCAAGCCAGUCUGUGGAAAUGAACUGUAUGGCAAUUUGAAAUGUUUGCCUGCUCUUCUGCUGGUGUCUGCUGCAGCUCAGGCAGAGCUGACACUUGUGGGUGCUGCAGGGCUGGAUGCCUGUGUGUGUGCCUCUGAGGAGCAGUGGGAGGGGGGGCUCCUCAAGAGUACAACUUCAGCUCUGCCAGGGGAUGAAGCCAGAGCUGAUGUUUCUCUGUCAGUGGUGGUUGUCUAAAAAGUGGGCAGCAGCUGCAUGAAGUAGGAGUUCCUAGUACAGCUCCUGUGGUUAUUGCCCUGUCUCUGUGUUGCCAGGGAAGCUCACAAAGGUGGUAAGGAAGGUGCUGACACCUGUAAGUGGAUGUGGGUGCAGGUUGAAGAGAGGGGACCAGCCUACCCUGACUGUAUCACACAGCUUCUAUAAUUUAUUUACCAGAGUGGUGGGAGGUCCUGUGUGCCUGGUCUCAGCACAGGAAGAAUGUUCCUAUGCUUGCUCAAUCAAAACCUGAAAUAAAGAUUACUGUCAUUGGGCUUAA